AUGUCGUUGUACCUUGGAUACUUCGGCGUUGGUCUGUUGAACAUUGUUAUAGUUGUAAGGAAGAAGGUUCCUUGUCGGAACCAGUGCGGUACUGCAUUAGCAGGGCCCAAUAUGUUGUUGCGUCCAGCCGUGCCGACAACGCUGCUGUACGUGUCCAGACUGCAUCAUUCCACGAAGGUUGAGGAGGUCGUGGAAUAUAUGCGCGUGAAGACCAACUGGACUUUGAGGGUCGAGCUGUUGGAACCGCGUCACAAAACGAACUUCAAGUCGUUCGUGGUGCGAGUUCCAACACAUCACCUCGAGAAGUUCCUCAAAGACGAGUUUUGGCCGAAAGGUGUUAUGUACCGCCGGUUUCGUGGCCAGCUACGUGACACCAGUCAGCGAAGCACGAGGCCGACACUUUGUGUACAUUAA